AUGAACGCCGGCAUAGUUGAAUGUAGUAUCGACUUUGAUAAGCUGUACACGAGGUUACGCUCGCUUUGCGCUCACAUUUUUAGCACCGAGGAAAAAGUUCGCCUUUGCAUCUGCGAAGACAAUAUCCACGUACACUUUGCUCACAGUACUGCUGACUUCAGCCAGGGAAAGCGUCUGAGAAGGAGAUUGCGUCGUCAGCCGAAACGUGAUCGAAAGAAAAAAUGGGCGUCAAGAGCGAAGGAGUUUGAGAAGGCGUGUGAAGACAGUAUGGCGGCAAGAUGA